AUGACGGCCAUCGCCGGCGAGCCCCACCGCGUAGUCCUCCUCGUCGACCUCAACCCCCUCCUCCCCUCUCCAAACCCUAGCGCCCCCACUGCCCAGUCCGCCUCCUCCUCCUCCUACAUCGCCGCCGUCCUCCCAACCGCGGCCUCCCUCCUCGCCGCCUCCCCCUCGCCCGCCUCGCUCUCCGCCGUGCGCCUCUUCUUCUCCUCCCUCUCCCCGAUCCUCUCCUCCUCCCUCCUCCCCAAGCACCUCCCCUCCGCCCCUACCCCGCUUUCCUUCCACCUCCCCACGGCCACCCUCGCCUCCCUCGCCCCGCUCCGCCGCCUCGCCCUCCCGGCCUCGCCGCACCCCCGCGUCACUGCCUCCUCCUCCAUCGCCAAGUCGCUCCUCCAGCUCGAGCACGACUACUCCUGGGACGCCGAGUCCCAACACGGCCGCCGCCGCCGCGUCUUCGACCGGCCGCCCAAUUUGGCGGUUCUCUUCACGUCCGUCUCUGAUUUCGAGGAAUUCGGGGAGAACGCCAGCCCUGAGAAGAGGUUUCGUGGGGUUUUCGAGCCGGUGAGGGACCGGCUUCAGUCCAGGGGCAUACAGGUGUGCUGGGUUGCCGUUGGUUCCACCGGCGAGGGGAUACGGAGGGCGGUGACAGACCUAGGGUGGAGGUUUACGACAGCAGAUGCAGUCACGUUGGGGUCGGCGGUUGCCCCGCCAGGGCUCGUCUGGGGAGGUGUUGGAUUUGGGUGUGGGGGAGGUGGACGGCGAGGUGAGGUAGUGUUGGAGAUCGCCGAUGUGAAAGGGAAGCCACUGGUCUGCAAGGGCUGCGAGGUUGAGAUUGUUAGCUCCACGCCGUCGCAGGUGGGUAGCCACGGUGUGUCCAGGAUACAUGUGAAGGCGGUGUGUGAGGUGGGGAAUUGGGAGCAGUUAAUGGGCAGAGAUGGCGAGGUUGCUCUGGUACGUGGGUUGCCACAGGAUAGGAGCAAGGGUGACGGUGAAGGAGCUGUGGACAGGGAAUUUUUCCCUCAUCGGCUUCUUGAGUUGGUUCUUGCUGAUGAGAGCAAUUGCCUUCGGGCUGGAAUGCCUAUUUGGCAGCUCAUUCUGGUUUUCCUUAAUAGGAAAAACUAUUGUGCAAUGGUUUCGAUUUCUGAUGGAGACGAGAAGUCUGUAGAUGGCCUUCUCGUACCUUUCUCGAUGAGCUGUGCAUUACUGCAUGUCGACAGGAAUGGCACUGGUUUAGAACAGGUGGUUGCGAAGAGUCCUGAAACAUUGGAUAGUUCCAUGCCUGAUCCACCAAAGGAGCUGAGUGUGAGGAAGAAGAGAAUCAGGCUGGUCAGUAAGCUACUUGAGGCAGCCAGUUGGAGCACCUUCUGUGAUGUGCUCCUCAAACAUGCUGAUGGCAGCAUGCCAGUGGUGGAGUUGGAAGACCUGUAUUUCAGCAGGUAUGGCACUGCAUCCAAAAAGUUGCGGUUUCUGAAAUGUUGGCUGAAGCAAGUGAAAUUGUCAUCUCUUGGUACUUCAUCGAGCCUUCAUACAGGCGAGACACGUUCUUCCUCAAAGGAUGAAGGAGAAGCAAAACUUCAAUUCUCAGAGGAGGACGGGGCUCCUCAUGUCUGUUCGGUGGAUGAAGCAGAUUGUAACAAAAUUGACAAACCAGUGGAUGAAGCAGAUUGCAACAAAGUGGAGCAACAAGUGGACGAGGAGACUUCAGCAUUCUCUUCAAUGGAAGAUUUAGAAGCAUUUCUUGGGAGCAUCCCUCAGAAGAUUGAGCAAGGUCUUUGUUCUGAAGAUGCUGAUUUGGGAAAUCUAGCUGAACGCUUGGUUGGCUUGUCUGUCGAUGCGCUGAUGAUUAAGAAUGGAAAGAUUACAGUGAGAUAUUUUGAACACAGGGAAGUAGAUGAUGCUUCUGAUGCAAAAGUUAUCUCCGAAGCUUCCAUUAUUCUGUUGAGGAAACCCAAAGAGCUUCUGUUGAAGUACAAAGACAACAAUUCAGCAUCUGCUGGAUCAGAACAAACCUCAAAAUACAACGCAAAUUACAAAAUCCGAGAGCAUGAACUGCAGAUCUUACUUAGGUUGGAAAUAAUCAGGUCCAAACUUGGCCCAGACUUCGAGGAAGGUUCAAAACAGAAGAUGAUAAAAGAGAUCUGCUCUCUUUUGCAGUUUAUUGAUAUAAACCUCCAAGGGGAUUCAUUUCAGUCUGACAGUAUCGUUAAGUUUGCUGAGAAGACCAUCAAGUCCAGGUACAUGGACUCUCUGGAGGAUGUGAUCAAGAAGAUAUACACGGAGAUGGAGUUUGAUCUGUUCGACGAAGAUGACUUGCCAUGUUCAGACUCUCUACCCAGCAGCAGCAACCAGGAUGACGGCAAGGGCAACAAGAGCCGGAGCAGCCAGAGGAACUGCGCCAGCAGCUCGAGCGCUCCCACGCUUCACACGAGGAGCAGACACCAUGACAGGCACGAGGAGCAGCUGGCGCGAGCGAGUGAGCGACGGAACAGGGAGCGCAGGCUCUCCUCCUUCACCAGCUGGGUGCCGGACUUGCGCCGCGUGUGGGCGCUCAAGCACCCCGGGAAGGAGCCUCCCCUGGCGGCGGCGGUGCCUCGGUCCAGGCAGCACUCGAAGCGGAGGAAGCGGCGCGCGGCGUGCACCGACAUGGUCUGCGAGACGCCCAUGACGGCCUCGAAGAAGCAGCAGCCGGAGCAGGCCGGGUCGGGGUCUGACGAGAUGAUGUCGAUCGGGUCCGUGUCAAAGACCUUGUUCGACGACGACACGGAGGUGAGCAGCUCCAGCAGCGUGUGA